AUGGAGUCACCCCAGGAGGUCGUCAACACUGGUCCUGCUCCACGGAAAAGAUCGAGUGCAGCGACGGAAAAGCGGAAGUUGCGCAAUCGACUCUCUCAGCAGGCAUUUCGGGCACGGCAGUCUCUGGAAAUCAAUGAACUCAAGCAGCGGCUAGCCCUGUUCUCCGGUUCAGAGAGCGAUCGUAACAGCAGGCUAGUAGACGAGAACCGCAAAUUAAGACAGCAACUAUGGCAGUCCGAGAAGAAGCUUCGAAGUCUCCAGGCGACACUGAAGAGCAUUAUCGACACCAUGGUGGAGAGCAGGGAGAACAACUUUGACGCACAUACUAGCGGACUCAACGAAGACGAUGAAGGGCUGGAUCCUUGGCCGGUCGAGCUCGAUGUGCCUUCUGGCCACGCUGACAGCGAACCACUGUCGGCACCUCUCAACAUGAUAUCCGACUCGGAUGCAUGCCGUGCAUCGGGCUCCGUUGUCUCGCCCAACGAAACGUCUACCACGGAAGCAUAUGCAACAGAGCCGCACGCCGCGAUUUCGUCGAACGAGGAUUCCUUGGGAGAGGACGUCAAUUGGGAUAUUGGCCAGGGGGUCUUAGCAUUAUCCACCACGUCACCAGUGCAGCACACUCCUCAGCUCUCGGUUGCGUUCCCUAUGUAUCGCAACUUGCAGGUGAUGGCACGUUCCAACUACUCAGAACAUAUCCAUGCCUAUGAGAUGUGUGCCGUAACUGGCUACUUGGGCAAAAGACGAAACCCCGAUCUGGGCAGUCUUAAUCACAUGGUGUCAAGUCUCGUCUCCGCCUUUAUCAAGAUUGCCUGGGGUGGUAUGGAAUCCUGGAUCCAAUGGACCAACGGAAAGGAGACGCUCACCAAACUUGCGGCGUGGCGGAUAUCUCCUGGCCCUGAAACAUUCGCCGCCAUACCGCCCUCGAUGCAGCCAACUCCACUCCAGACCGCAGUGCCUCAUCCGCCUGUCAUCGACUGGUGUGUCUUCCCUUUUCUGAGGGACAAACUAAUUCAAUACCACUGCUCGGAUCCGGGACUGGACGAGAUUUGUGGCGAUAUCGGCCUCGCGUACGUCGUGCAAGCGGACCUGUCCGAGUUCGUGCUGGGUGCGGAACCCCUGGUGGUGUAUUUCAACAUCCACGACAUCAUCGUCGGUAUGGAGACGAACCCGACAUGGCUGAGCGACGGCGACAAUACCAAGACCACCUCCACAUCCGCCAGCACUGCCAUGAUCGGGCCCAAGCUCGAAGUCAAACUACCUGCCCCAGACCUCUACACCUUACUGCACACCAAAGAGUACGCCCACGAGAUGUACCGCCGCCUCAAAAUCGGCCAGGGCGUGGAAGAAUACCUCUGCGAUCCCGGCCUGUUCGUCAAGUACCCACACCUGUAUGAGCCGGACGUCAAAAUCGCCCAAGGCGUGCCCCUGCGGUCGCGCAAUAGGAUCUCCUGGCCCACCCCGCGCCCCCUGGACGACGUGGCGAUGAGCUGGUAUCGCAGGUGUGCGUCUUAA